UUGCAUGGGAGUAACUAGGUUUUGCUUCACUUCCAAAGUUACACUUCAUGAUUGACCAUGAAUGCUAGUGGCCCAGGAUAUCCAUUAGCCAGCCUCUAUGUGGGGGACUUACAUCCGGACGUGACUGAAGCCAUGUUGUAUGAGAAAUUCUCACCUGCUGGACCAAUCAUGUCCAUCAGAGUUUGUCGAGAUGUUGCUACACGUCGAUCUCUAGGUUAUGCUUAUAUAAACUUUCAGCAGCCUGCUGAUGCUGAGCGGGCCUUGGAUACCAUGAAUUUUGAAGUUAUAAAGGGUCGGCCCAUUCGCAUCAUGUGGUCCCAGCGAGAUCCAGGACUCAGGAAAUCAGGUGUUGGCAACAUCUUCAUUAAGAAUCUGGAUGAUUCUAUUGACAACAAAGCCUUGUAUGAUACCUUCUCCGCCUUUGGGAAUAUUCUUUCUUGCAAGGUUGUUUCUGAUGAAAACGGAUCCCGGGGUUAUGGAUUUGUCCAUUUUGAGACCCAAGAGGCAGCAAACAGAGCGAUUGCCACAAUGAAUGGAAUGUUACUCAAUGACCGAAAGGUUUUUGUUGGUAAUUUUAAAUCUCGACGUGAGCGUGAAGCUGAAUAUGGAGCCAAGGCAAUGGAAUUCACUAACGUUUACAUCAAGAACUUUGGAGAAGAUAUGAGUAAUGAGAGGCUGCAAGAAACAUUUGCAAUAUUUGGAAAGACAUUGAGUGUCAAAGUCAUGACGGAUAACAUAGGCCGUUCAAAAGGGUUUGGGUUUGUCAACUUUGAGAAACAUCAGGAUGCUCAGAAGGCUGUUGAAGACAUGAAUGGGAAGGAAAUCAACGGCCGAAUGUUGUACGUUGGCAGAGCUCAGAAGAGGAUGGAACGUCAGAGCGAGCUGAAACGUAAAUUUGAACAAAUCAAACAGGAAAGAGUGAGCAGAUACCAGGGAGUUAACCUGUAUGUAAAGAACCUGGAUGAUGGGAUUGAUGAUGAGCGGUUGAGGAAAGAAUUCUCUCCCUAUGGAACCAUCACCAGUGCUAAGGUGAUGACAGAGGGUGGACACAGCAAAGGUUUUGGGUUUGUAUGUUUUUCCUCACCUGAAGAGGCCACAAAGGCGGUGACUGAAAUGAACGGGAAGAUUGUCAGCACCAAGCCUUUAUAUGUUGCCCUAGCCCAAAGGAAAGAGGAAAGAAAAGCCAUUCUGACCAACCAAUACAUGCAGAGACUGGCUACUCUCAGAACCUUGCCUGGCCCACUCUUCUGCUCCUUCCAACCUCCUCCGGGUUACUUUGUGUCUUCCAUUCCACAGCCACAACCCAGAACUCCUUACUAUAAUGCAAGCCCAGUUGCCCCAGUCCGUCCUGCUCCCCGUUGGAAUGGACAGUCCUCCCGGCCUCCUUCAUCCUAUCACACAGCCACACCGAUCCUGAGAACCAACGCACCUCCUAGACGCAUCCUGAAUAACAUCAGCACUAUGAGACAAGCAUCCACUCAAGUCCCCAGAGUACCACCCAACACACAGAGAAUGGCUAACAUAGGAACCCAGACUGUCAGUGUUCGGGCACCCUCCCCACCAACCUUCUCACGUGGAAUCUCACAGUACAAGUAUUCUUCAGCAGUGAGGAACAUCCAACCCUUGAAUGCAAUGCCACCCAUACCAAUGCAGCAGGUUGUAGAACCAGCUGUUCAUAUUCAUGGCCAAGAGCCACUGACGGCAUCAAUGUUGGCUGCAGCCCCUCCUCAAGAGCAAAAGCAAAUACUUGGUGAACGUCUCUACCCGCUAAUUCAUGCAAUGCACCCAUUCUUGGCUGGAAAGAUUACGGGCAUGUUGUUGGAGAUUGAUAACUCUGAGCUGUUGCUUAUGCUGGAGUCACCGGAAUCUCUCCAUUCUAAGAUUGAAGAAGCAGUUGCUGUACUACAAGUUCAUCAGAUGUCUGAAUCAUCACACAAUAGUGCAUCAACAGCAUUCCUCCAGUGAUGAAGGUGGAAGAACUAGGAAAAGGAAGGUGGACAUCCCUGCUGAAGCAAGCAGCACCACGGAUGAAAUGCUUCCUCUGUUUGCUGUAAAAACUUUCUGCAUAGUGUAUAUACACAGGUUCACACGGAAACGUAGCUCUAUAUGAUUACACUUUAGUUGUAUGCUUCAGAUCCAUUUCAAACUUGUUUUCAUU